CUAUGGAGAGACAUAAUAGCAAUGGCGUCGGCAUUACAUUGACCUCUUACGGUCUCAGUUGGGGUAGAUGCGCCGGAACACCGAGCGUCAUGGCGGAAGGCCGGCAUCCCCCUCAUCAAUACGCGUAAUCAAAUCUCCGUCUGGAUUAUUUAUGUUAUUGCAUGAGUAACCGGUCAAUUAUAGAAAAGGCAUCUUCAGUGCCUAAUCGGUAUUCGAAACUCUCUUUUACACGAUAAUACGUAUAGAGGUACCUUACCUUAUCUGAAAGGAUGAACUAUUCUAAUGGUGCCGCUAAAGGGGUUGUCCUGGUGACAGGAGGGAGCGGGUUUAUCGCAUCCCAUAUCAUCGACUCGCUUUUGGAUGACGGGUUCAAGGUUGUUGCAACGGCAAGAUCCAAUGAAAAGGGGCGCAUAAUAGUAGAAUCGGCUACUCCUGCCCGGCGUAGUAACCUGUCUUAUGUCGUCGUACGAGAUGUUGCCGAGGAGAACGCAUUUGAUACCGCAUUUACUCAAGAAAUAACCUUUGACUAUGUUGUCCAUACCGCAUCCCCUUAUCAUCUUAAUGUCCAAGAUCCGGUCGAGGAUUUCUUAGACCCAGCGAUUAAGGGGACAACGGGAAUUCUCAAGUCAGUCCUAACGUAUGCGCCCACUGUUAAGCGCGUAGCGAUUACAUCCUCUAGCGCAGCAAUAAUCAACCCUCUCAACCAUGCCAAGGUGUAUGAUGAGACUUGUUGGGCCCCUUGGACUUUGGAGGAUGUCAAGGAUCCUAACAAGGCUUACGUAGUCAGUAAGACACUUUCGGAAAAGGCUGCAUGGGCCUUUAUCGAGACAGAGAAGCCGAACUUUGACCUCGUUGUUAUCAAUUGCACUUACACGUUCGGUCCCGUGCAACGCAACCUCCCAAGCUUGGAAGGCAUGAACGCGUCUAACCAUCGUAUUCGGGAUAUGCUACAGGGGAAAAUGAAGGAAGACAUGCCUUCUACGGCGCCGGUCUUCACCUUCGUCGAUGUCCGUGAUGUAGCCCGUGCGCACCUCAGGGCCAUAACUGUGCCAGAGGCCGGUGGGAAUCGCUUCUACAUUGUAGGUGGGCACUUUUCGAACAAGCGGAUCGUGGAUUCGAUCCGCAAGUGGUACCCGAAGUUCGAAGGACUUCUUCCGCCCGAGAACGCACCGGACGAUUUCUCCGACGGUGUCUACACUUUCAACAACAGCAAGUCGGUGAAAGUUUUGGGGUUGGAAUAUACGUCGCUUGAGAAAAGCGUCAAGGAUACUGUGGAGUCAAUACUAGAUCUAAGGCCGGAUAUAGGAAACUUGAAGAAGGCAAUUUAGUAGCAUAAGUACCUAAGAGACGUAGAUUAGGAUCUAAGAAGUCUGACAUUGAGUUCUCAUUUCCCCAAAGUAGAACCUAGGACGUAAGACAGACAACACUUAUGCUGAGAAUUUAACUUAGCCCUUCUCUGAGUCAAGACUCGCUAUGUCCUGUGAUAAAGUCGACGAAAUCAAAUAUAGAGCGUUUGUAGCUAC